AUGACUGCAGUGCCGCCGCCGUCGUCGUCGUCGACAUCGUCGCCGACCAAGCCGGCGACAUCUGCGCCUUCCUAUUUGCGGAAGACCGCGUCUUCCAUAGGAAUGGAUACGCGGGCUGCUCAAGCGGAUACCAAUCGGCUGCUCUCAGAAAUGGCGCCGCAUCUAAUGACACCAGCGAUGGUCAAUGCCCUCGCUCGUGUAAGUCUUCAGGCAGGUCAACUUUCAACCGCACGAGACCCAUUUCCACUACAGCGCGCAACGUUGCUCCUUGCUCCUCGCUUCUCUAUGGACAACCCUGCGCGUUCGUUGGCGCGAAUUAGCAGCUCCAUUCUUCAAUUCUCAGGCCUUGGUAAGAAUAGUCGAAGUGAGAAUGGCAAAGAACGCACACCGAUGACGUCUAUGGAUAUCGGUGUCCUAGAGGAAAGCCAGCGUAUUUUGGAGCAUGCGAAUGAAGACCUGGAUAUGUCGUUGGAUACAGAUCUGUUGGAUGGGGAAACCAUGGAAGACGAUGUACCUGUAUCUCUGUUGCGUGGCUAUGAGGCUACGGUACCACAGGCCUCUAUAAAUAAGGUGCGACGGCGCAAGCUUCGUGCGACUGCCAAAGUGAAACGGCGUGACAAGGAUCAGCACCUUCUCUCGCUCGAGGAACUCGAGGUCCAGGACCAAGAAGUGCAAGAGGAAAUGCGGCACCUAGAAAUCCGACGUGCUCUGUACAACUCCGAAAUCGUGAAUGUUGACGCGAAAAUUGCAGCCCUGGAAGCUACCAAGGCGCAACUGCAGCAGAAACUAUUGAGUGUACGUGAAGAGGAGCUGGAGUUGGAAGAUGAGUUGCAAGGACUAAGCGAAUUGCUCGAGCUACAACGGCGUCGACGUGCCAUGCCAGGCGGGCGUGGCUUGGAUGCGUCGACCGUGCUGCCGACAGGCUCAAGUCGGCGAUGGAAAGGACCUGUGUUUUUGCCGAAUGAACAUGACGAGCUACCGUCCGAAGUGGCUUUCAUGACACUGGACUUGCAGACAGGACCUGUUACUGCGCUGGACUUUUCGGAACCCUAUGGCACCUUGGUGUCAGCGGCCGUCGACGACGCGGUGCGUGUCUGGGACUUGUCUACCGGAGAAGAUGUGGGACGGCUUCGUGGGCAUACAGACAUGGUCAAAUGCUUGCAGGUGGAAGAUGAGCUCUGUGUUACGGGCUCGAUGGACAGUACGCUUCGCGUGUGGGACCUGCGGCAUGUAGAUGCGUUUGAAAGUGCAUGUCAAGCACGUAUGGAUGGCGAGAGUGUUGUCGCGGAAGACCCAUGCGUGCGUACAUUGGAAGGACAUAGCCGUGGCAUUACGGCGCUCUUUUACGACGAGCAAACGCUAGUGACAGGCGCUGCUGAUAAGACAUUGCGGCAGUGGGAUCUGGAAACGGGUCAAUGUGUGACCACUAUGGAUAUUUUGUGGGCAAUGACGAACCCCAGCACGAGUGUGGAUUUCCGUGCACCAAAUGAAGGCACAGCGCCCCUUUUGGACCCACUGCACGUUACUGCGCAGUUCUCUGGCCCCUUCUCCUACCCACAGCCGCCCUAUGAGGAUGGCAGCUGGGAAAUGUAUACCGACUUUGUGGGCGGCGUCCAGUUCUGGGGGUAUGCCUUGGCCAGUGGCUCGGGAGAUGGAGGCGUGCGAUUGUGGGAUUUACGCACGGGACAGGCGCAUCGCACCUUGCUAGGCCACACAGCCCCGAUCACAUGUGUGCAAUUUGACGAGACGUACCUUAUCUCGGGCUCGUUGGACAAAACGAUUCGUUUGUGGGAUUUGCGGACAGGCCACGUGUGCGAGACGCUGUCCUUUGAGCACCCUGUGACAGCUCUGCAGUUUGAUUCACGCAAGAUUGUGUCGGCAGUCGGCGCGUGCGCAGCGGACGUGUACAACCGCACCAGCGAAAAGCACGCAAAGCUCCUGACCAACGGACACACGGCACCCGUCGAACGUCUGCGGUACAUGGACCGCUACGCUGUAACAGGUGGACGUGAUAGCCGCAUCAAAGUAUGGAGUCUGUAA